AGGCUUGAACUGAGCUUGUAUUUCAUCCUCAACUUAUUCUAUCAUAUGUAGGCCCACGAUGUGUGGUAUAGGUGCUUAUAUCUGUGUGAAGAGGUAUCAGCCAGACAACAAACAAGAGAGUGUAGCAGGCUUGAACGCAACGAGUACUGCUCCACCAAACGGUCGUCAAUUCAUUAUUCACUUUCAGCGGCCGUCGACAUCAACGUAUACUGGUGCCAUUUCGAAUACCUUCUUGGCUGAAUAUAUGUGUCAGUGAGAAGAAUGAUUUGUAUACAGCUGGGUCUCGGGAUCUGGGUCUUCUUCGACGACCUUAUGCGCCCCGAGACCAUCUGACCUGCACUGUCUUGUCGUGUGAACGUUAUUCACGACAUUCACCAUGGUCUCCUACGAAGCGGCGCUGUAUGCAGAGGUCUUCUCCCAAGGUGCGCCCCUAGCGGCAUGGUGGAACGUGCCAUGAUGCUGGCGGGUUGUCUCAAAUAACCAUUCUAUUUCCUCUGCAAGACCGAUAUAAUGGUUCCAGAAUUUUGAAGAUGCUCUCUUGCUCGGUUGCUGACCUCUUGCAAUGGAGAUGCCGUACGGUCGUCGACCCUGAACGUAUGGGACUGACGAUCAUGGGACGAUGAGCAUAAGUGAAAAGUUUCGUAUAAAAUGACUGAGCUACUCAGCAAUACAGUUCAGCUGAAUACACUGAAUACACUGCAAUAAGCUCUGCAAUGAAAUCUAUUUUCGCUCUACUCACUUUGCUUAUCUCUCUGCAAAGUUCCUUAGCGGGCAUCCCGGAUAAAAUCUAUGGCGUAAAUCUGGGUUCAUGGCUAGUUCUCGAAGCAUGGAUGUUACCGCAAGGAUGGCUCGAUAUGGGUGGACAGCAGUGUAACGAUUGUUCUCAAUGCAUCGCUACAGAAUUUGCUUUUGCUCAAGCUUAUCCAAAGACCGUAGAUGAGAUAUUUGACAAACAUUGGUCGACGUGGUUCACACAAGAUGAUGUGAAUCAACUCAAGUCACUUGGUAUCAACACAGUCCGUAUUCCACUUGGGUACUGGAUUGUAGAGGCCCUCGUGGAUCGUAAGACCGAAUUCUUUCCUAGAGGCGGUAUUCGACAGUUGAUACGAGGCUUGAAACAACUUCGUGACGCGGGCAUAGCUGCUAUCUUGGAUCACCAUGCACUUCCUGGCGUUCAAACACCCGGACAGAUGUUCACGGGAAGGUGUACAUCCGAUGUCGAAUUCUAUACCGAGGCGAACUAUCAUCGUGCGCUAGUCUGGACGGCAGGAAUGACAGCAUUGACACACCUCGAUCCUGACUUCAGUUCAGUCUUCGCAAUUGAGGCUGUCAACGAGCCUAUCAUGGAUGCCAGCCAAACACCUAACUAUGGCGACUUUCAGAAAAAUUUCGUCAAGGUAGUUCGAGCAGUGGAACUGACUCUUGGGAUACCCGUCCCCGGUGUUCAGUUGGAUAUGAAAGUACAAACGAAGAACUUCACAUCGGCUCUCACAUCCGUAGCCAGUACUAGUACCAGUGAUAUAUUCAACGCUGAGGUAAAGUCUGCGCUUCUGGCGUCGGUUCCAAUUCUUGUGGAGCUCGGAUUCGAGCUCUCGAUUGGUUCCAUAUUCAGCUUCAACCUCGCUACGGCUAAUAGCCAACGAGAGCCAUUGGUCACGAACUUCAUGGAUAUCAACUGGCAGCAUAACAAUCCCGCGAAUCCUGCCAAUGCUGCUAUCGGUCCCCAAGGUUAUGACAACCAUCUAUAUUACAGUUUUGGGGGAGUUGCCGACCCCAAUCCGGAGGCGUACUUGACUAGUAUCUGCAAUCUCAACCGCGUUCAAAACGAUGCCGCCCUGGGUAACAGCCCACUUUGGUUCGGUGAAUGGGGACUUCCCACUCAAUUCUCCGCAACCGAUGAUUUCUUGAACAAGUGGGCCGAUGCCCAGAAACUCGCUUAUAGUCAAGGUAGAGGGUGGAUAUUCUGGAACUUCAAGACUGAGAUUUCUGAUCUCGCUGGAGACCUUUCUCGACAGUGGUCCUACUUCGAUGGAGUCAAGAGAGGGUACUUGACGAAAGAUCCUUCUCAGGUCCAUGAUCCUCACGUUUGCGAUUCCUAUCGAGCGAACGCAACGGCCACUUAGGAAUCGUUCCAUUUCUGUAUCGGAUUCGAGAAUACUUAGAAAUUAUCGUUAGAAGUACCAGUGUCCUUGUUAGUCUCUCGCGCAUGCUAACAUUCAGAUAUGAAUGAGAUUAAAUG